AGAUAAUCAACUUGUUGACAACUUCAAUUAAAUAUUAACAAUUAAUCCUUUUAAUCAACGGUUCAUAUAUAUAUUAAUCGCUCGCGAUUAACUGUUUUUAAUUGUUAAGCGUGACUUAUUAAUAAAAUUAAAAAUUAUAAUCGAUUAAUGCCGAACUCUGAUCGUAUGUGAAUUCUGUUAUGAUCGAUCGGUAAUGAUAGUUGCUAGCCGAAGGGCGCUAUGUAGUCGCUGCCAUCGCAGUGUGUAAAACAUGGCUUUGUUGUCAUCGUAAACGAUGUGCUGUGUCGCUUAGAGCCAAGUAAUUUCUAUUAAUAUACUUAAUUAAAUUAAUGAAAGCGUGGCAUGCGCUCGAGCGGAUUGCUAUUUUAUUCAUCAGCCUGGAUGGACAUGUCAUUCUCAGUUAACGUUUGAACAGAGUGAAAGUUAUGGUUGAUGCAGUGCAAGAGGUUAGGGAUCCUCUGUCAACAGACAGUAAAGGAUACCCGGCCUCGAAAACAUGUAUAUCUUACGAAGAUAUCGCUACAAAGCUUCUAAACGACAAAUUUCUAUUAACGGCCUUGGAGCUACAUGCGGAAUUGCGCGAAGCAGGGAAAGAAUUACUUGUUUUACAAGAAUUCUUCUCGAAUCCAUGUAAUUUUGAAGGUCAAAACAUCAAGCCGGAACCAUUUCCUUGUAUGCCUAGAUCAUCCAGUCAGGCUACUUUAGAUUCACUUGAUAUGACAAGAUACUCAGAAGAUGGUGCAGGUGUUGAUGAGAGAGUUGCAAUCUUAGAAUUUGAACUUAGAAAAGCCAAAGAGUGUAUUUCUGCUCUUCGUACAAAUCUCACUGUAGUCACAGAAUCAGAUGUACCAACACCAGAUAAAUGUUCUGAUAAACAUUCUGUCAAUGAAUCACCUAUAAAGCCUCACGAGCAAAGAGCUUUAAACUUCCUUGUUAACGAAUAUUUAUUAACACGUUCGUACAAAUUGACAUCGAUUACAUUUAGCGACGAAAAUGAAAAUCAAGAUUUCGAAGAUUGGCAAGACGUGGGAUUGAAUAUCCCCAAACCUGCGGAAUUGUUACAAAUUUAUAGAGAAUAUAUGCGAGCUAAUGGCUACGAGAAAGCGCCCUCGACCAUUAUUGGUGUGCAAACAGACUUUGAUGAAGUUGAAUUAGAAUCUGAGAAAGAUGAAUUUAAGCAAAUGGUCAAAGAAUUGGAAGAACUAAAACAACAAACUGCUAUGCUAGAGCAGGAAAAGGUGGAUUUACAACAAAUUAUUGCAACAACAAAUGAAAGUUUAUCACAGAAUCCAACCAAGCAAGGUAGUAGUGGAACGAUACAAACGUUGAAUUCGAGUUCUACAACUCCAGAUAAAUUUGAGUUGCUUGAAACACCGCCUCGAGAUACAUCGACAGCGACACAUGAACCAGAGGAAGAUGAUAGUGUGUCUGUGGUUGUCAGCCUCGGCGAGACUGAUCCCGGUGACAAGGAAUGGACGAGAAUUCAGUUACCAAGAGUAGACGUUACCGAAGGGUCGUCCAUCCUUCCAAAUCCUCCAUCUAGACAUUUACCGCUGAAAUUCAAGAUGGAGGUGAUAACCCAUUGUUUAGUAAAUAUUCCAAGUUCUAUUGUUUCUACAGCAGAAGAACCCUUCAAAAAUGGAGUAACGCGAGAUAAUCUCGUUCACAUUUUGGCGGAAACUUUACCUCGCAUUGUACCCAACGUCAUACUUAAUAAGCGCGAGGAAGUAAUACCGUUGAUAUUAAGUGUAAUCCGGCUGCACACUGAAUCCGCGGAAAGAGAGAAAUCUCUACAGCUUUUGUUCAAUUUGAAGAAGAGGCCACAAGAAGAUGAAAGACACUUGAUACUAGCUGGUUUAGUUGCAAUGGCGAAGCUUGAGAACGAUCCAAUGGAAGGAGAAGAAAUUUUAACCAUUUGCUGGGAACAGAGUCAGUACAAAUAUCCUGAAAAAAGGUUACUAGCUGUGGAGUGUUGUUGCGCAUUGGCACCCUACAUGUCGGUCGGAAUCAGGAACUCCUUGAUGCUUUCUAUGUUGCAACAAAUGUUACUCGAUGACAAGGAUCCUAUGGUCAGAGCGUGUGUUGUGAGGAGUCUUGCAUUGCUCAUAGCUUUAAUGGAUGAUCCCGACAAAUAUUUUCAGUGCGAAGAGUUGGCGUUAACUGCGUUAAACGAUUCAUCGCCCAUCGUUGUAGAAGUCGCGUCCACUUUACUUUUACCAAUUUUAGCCCAAUGGGCACUCUCUUUGAAGAGGUUGCAAACACAUUUGUUACCACGCAUAAUAUCAAAAGUGAAAACUCAAUUGAAGUCUGGACAGUAUCAACAUUCACCUAACAAGGAUCAUAUUAACGAGGGAAGAACAGUGUCGUCGAUUCACGUUUUACAAUAUUUACUACCUCAUAUGAUCAUCUGCGUAGCCGAUACGGAUGCAGUUAGAACGUGCAUAGAACCUGGAACAUCAUCUCACUUGUCCGAUGUGUUUCUAUACUUGUGUCAGACCGAUAUCGUUAAUCCAAAAGUAUUUUAUGAGGGAGAUAUAGAUGUCGGAGCACUUUUGAAUACAUUCUUUGCUAAUACGUGGGAAAAUGACACGUGGCCGGAAUUAGAGUGGUUCACAAAUAAAUUAGUAAUGGAAAUUUUAGAAAUGGUCAAAUCUAUAGAAAUUACACACGAAACCAUUUUGCACACUCUACUGACAUACAUUCGUUCGUUGUGUUUGGGUUUUGGACGAUAUAUUACGCAAACACGGAUUCAGCCGAUAUUUGCGUCCGACGUGUCCGAGCUCGAGCAGCAGUUGACAGUGUUGUCGACAGAGAAGAAAAACAUGAAUUUAACGAUAAUGCCUACGUAUUUAAUUCUAUUGUCCACUUUGAAUGGUACAGAAGUUGCUAAAUCGUUGAAAGAAUUCCUUGUUGCUUUGUCCAUGAGUGGUAUCAGUAUUACUUGCUUACAAAUCGCAGUAAUUAUGUUGUGUGCUGACGAACAUAUGCAAGAAUAUGUCCUUAGCGGUUUAUGGGAUGGGGUAGUGCACCAAAGACCUGUUGUAAGAUGUGCAACUGCGACGAUAUUUGGUUGUGUGAUAGCUCAUGUUUCCGAUCGGUUAGCAAGUGCUAAGGUAGUUCCAGCAAUUGUAACACUCGUUAGUGAUCCUGAUAUGACCGUCCGUUGUGCGGCAAUUCCUUCACUAGGUCGACUGAUAACAGAAUGUAAAGUGAAAGAAAUGAGGGAUAAAGCACGUCUGACGUUGGAAACUAUCGCCAAGGAACCUCAAGGUGUUCCUCCAGCUUUAGCGUUACCACUAGUUUCCACUUUAGCACUCAUUGCUCCGAAUUGUCCUCAAAAUUACAUCGAGGAUGUGAUAGCUACACAAUUAUUUGGAAUAGCUUCGUUCGCAUUACAACAGGGCCGCAAAGUUGAUCUCAUUAAUGCUUUGGUCGAAGCAUUCUCUGUUCUGGUUUAUUGCCCACUCAGUUAUCAAUGUGUUUUGAAUGUGUUACUGCCUGGCUUGAAGUGUCUGGAACAAUUGGUAACCUAUCAUUUACCUCAGCAGGAAGAUGCGGUUAAGUCCCUUUUGAGAGAAGUAGAAUCUCGACAAGAUCUUUCUAAACCAAUGAAAAGUUCACUGUCUAUGAACUCUGGUCUCUUACUGUCCAUGGCUACCGCGAACGUGGGACAAGGUGUGGAGGAUAUGAAGCAGAAAGUGACAAAGAUUUUUCAGCAGAAAAGUAGUUCAUCGAGUAUGUCAAGUAUUUUGCGGAAAAAGUAAGACUAAGUCGUUUCUUUUUCUAGUUACAUCUAUAGAUUUAUAUGUCUUGUUAUUUAUGAUAUUAUGAGUUGAAUUGUUUUCCAAGUAUUCUUGGAGAUCUGACGAUAUAUUUGUACUUAUGUAUUUUACAACACAACGUAAUGCACAAAACUUGUACGGAUUAGAAAUCGACAUCAUCUAAGCAUUAUCGUUUACUAUCAGGAUAUGUUUCAUAAUAAAAUUUACUGAAACAUUGGUAAUGAACAUCACUACAGAAUGGUGUGCCUUUGAAAGUACAUACAAUUUCAACAACCUUAAAAAACACGAUAUUUCAUUGCGUUUGGGGCUAGAGUUUACUGAUAACAGUCAAUAAAAAAUAGUUUAAUUUCUAUAUUUGUGUGCAUAUGUAAGCAUAACAGUAAAUACUAAUAUAAUUGCAACGCAUUGCAUAACUAGUUAUUUUGAAAAAUUCCAUUAACUGAAACAUAGUUUGUUAUUUUGUAUUAUAUUAAUUACAGUAUAUUUAUUAAAAAGGAAUCUCACAAAUUGUAGAUAUUUUGUGUAUUAUACGACAGUGCUCUUAAGAAACAAAUUGAAAAUAAUAUCCUGCCAUAAUACAACUCUUAAAACUGAUGUUAUCAGAGUCGAAUGAUUGUUACAUUAAAAAUCACAAGAGUACACUCUGGAUAAUAUUAAUUGUUUAAUGCCUCGGCUGUGAUAACCGAGUGUUAAUAUAUCUUAAAAGACAACUCGAUUUUUGUAUGCUAUGUGACUUUCUGAUCUGAAAUGCUUUCAUUUGGAUUGUAUACACGUUUUAUGUGAUAUUGUGGGGCGAUAACAACUUAGACUCUUUCUCCUGCUUCUCGAGUUCAAUAUCUACCUUAUUCGAUUGCAUACUAACCUUCAAAAACCUUUAGAAAAGUAUUUCAAAAUAGAGGCAUUGAACAGUUUUUGUUUCUAGUUGCUAUAUUUAGUUCUUCAGGAUGAAAGCCCUUGUCAAUUCUCUACUUUUUUGUGAACCUUGAAAAAAUUAUGGUAGAUAUAACAAUACUAUUAGCUUUUUAGAGAGAGAGAGAGAGAGAGAUAAAUUUUGCCAUUAAAUUCUAUUUUUAGAAAUUUUGACUUUCUUGACAUGUCACAUCCUAAAAAUUUACAAUUUAUUUAUUUAUUUCUAAGUCAUGUGUCUGUACUUAAAUCAAACUAACAUCAGCACCAACACUUUCGCUGUAAACGAAUGAAAAGAAAGAAUCAAAUUUCUUUAGAAUAGUUCGUAUCUUGUAAGAAUAUUUUAUUGUAUCUAUAUAUAUAUACAAUCAUAUAUCCCGUAUAUACAUAUAUAUUGAUAUACAAUACAUGUAUAUAUGUAUUUAAUAUAUGCGUAUAUACAAUGAUUAAUAGUUUAUCGUAUUUAAUGACCAAUAAAUCAUUAUUAUUUUACAUAUACAUAUACAUAUGUAUAUUGUACACAUGUAUAUGUAUUUAUGUUUAUUAAAUAUUAAAUACUGUAGCAUGUUUCAUUAUCGUGCAAAGAAUAAAUUUUAUAUUAUAUUCAUUCUAAAUGCAUGUCCAAGUCCUCAACAUAUUUUAAUUACCUUGGACUAGGGCUCUUACUGGAACAGGAAUGAAAAUUCAAUUUUUGGAUUAUAUGAUCUAAUAAAAAACUGGAAAAAUUAAAUUCCUAAAAAUUUCUACAUA